AUCGAACCUAAAAAUGGCCUUACAAUCGGACCGCCACAACCAAAACCCCCACGCAAUUUUCAUUCCCUACCCUCUACAAGGCCAUGUCAUCCCCUCCGUCCACUUGGCCACUCACCUCGCGGCACGUGGCUUCACCCUCACCUUCAUCAACACACACGCCAUCCACCACCAAACCUCCACCGCCCAUUCCACACCCCUCGAUGAUUUGUUUUCCGGCGUACGGAACUCCGGGCUGGACAUACGGUACACAACCGUGUCGGACGGCCUUCCACUGGGAUUCGAUCGCUCGCUGAACCAUGACCAGUUUAUGGGGUCGCUCUUGCAUGUAUUCUCUGCCCACGUGGAGGAGGAGGUUGAGAAGAUUGUGAAAACGGCGUCGUCUGGAGGAGCGGCGCCGGUGAGUUGUCUGAUAGCGGAUACGUUCUUCGUGUGGCCGUCGAAGGUAGCCAAGAAGUUUAAUCUCCUUUAUGUUUCGUUCUGGACGGAACCUGCCUUGGUUUUUUCGCUCUAUUAUCACUUGAAUCUUCUCCGCAAGAACGGCCAUUUUGAACGUCGAGACAUUCGACGGGAUGCUAUAGAUUAUGUACCAGGAGUGUCCCCAAUCAAUCCACAAGAUACGAUGUCGUAUUUGCAAGAGACUGAUACGACGUCGGUUUGUCACCAAAUCAUAUUCGCAGCGUUUCACGACGUUAAAGCUGCAGAUUUCGUGUUAUGCAACACCGUACAAGAGUUGGAAAACGACACCGUAUCCGCUCUACAAGCCCAAAUCCCUUUCUACGCCAUCGGGCCCAUUUUCCCACGUGGCUUCACCAAAUCCUCCGUGGCAACCAGCCUAUGGCCCGAGUCCGACUGCACCCACUGGCUAAAUUCCAAGCCCCAUGGUUCGGUCCUCUACGUUUCAUUCGGAAGCUACGCCCACGUCUCAAAGACGGACCUCACCGAAAUCGCUUAUGGGCUUUCACUGAGUGGGGUCCAUUUCAUUUGGGUGCUCCGAGCCGACAUUGUGAACUCAAACGACACCGAUCCGUUGCCUGUCGGGUACCGGGAGGAGGUAGGUGAGCGUUCGAUGAUCGUGACAUGGUGCCGUCAGAAUCAAGUGCUGGCUCACCCGGCAAUCGGAGGGUUCUUGAGUCACUGCGGAUGGAAUUCGAUUCUGGAAAGCAUUUGGUGUAAUGUACCAUUGUUGUGUUUUCCUUUGCUUACUGAUCAGUUCACGAAUCGGAAAUUAGUGGUGGAGGAUUGGACGGUUGGGAUUAAUCUGAGAGAUGGACGGCAGAUGAUAUCGAAGGAAAAGGUUUCGGAGAAGAUUAACCGUCUGAUGGAUCUUAAAUCAGGGAGCCAGUAUAAAACUGCUGUUAGAGAAGUGAGGAAGACGUUGGAAGAUGCCGUGAAACCCAAUGGGUCAUCCGAUAAAGCUAUGAACCGGUUUAUCAGCGAUCUGAACGCCGCCGUCUCAAAUAAAUGAGGGCGGCGGAACACGAGAGCCCGUGGGUUCUAGAUUUAUAAACUACGAUAAUUUAAUUUUUUAAAGAAUAAAAAUAUUUUUAGGAUAGCAUAAUUAGCUGACGAAUUAGUGCUAAUUAACCUAAAUUUUGGUAAAAGUUUUAAUGUUGUU